AUGUUCUUGAACGGUGUCGUCACGUCCAAGUACUUCGAUCUUGCCAUAGCUGCCGUCAUCGGCAUCAAUGUAAUAUCGAUGGCAAUGGAGUUCUACAUGAUGCCACCCGGACUGAAGUACGUACUGAAAGCUCUGAACUAUUUCUUCACUGCUGUGUUCACACUGGAAGCGGCCAUGAAACUCGCUGCUCUUGGGAUCAGGCGAUUUUUCUGUGAAACAUGGAAUCGUCUGGACAUGUUCAUCGUCUUCCUCUCUGUGGCCGGCAUCAUAUUUGAAGAGUUCGAAGCACUAGAACUGCCUAUCAAUCCGACCAUCAUUCGAGUUAUGAGGAGAAAAUUGUAUUACAAGUUUCUUAACUUUUCAGUGCUCAAACUGCUGAAAAUGGCAAAAGGAAUACGAUCGCUAUUGGAUACUGUCGGCAUCAAUGUAAUAUCGAUGGCAAUGGAGUUCUACAUGAUGCCACCCGGACUGAAGUACGUACUGAAAGCUCUGAACUAUUUCUUCACUGCUGUGUUCACACUGGAAGCGCCAUGA